AUGGCCACCGAUAAUGAUGCCGAGGCGCCUCACAACAAUUUCGACACCAUCUUGGUGUUGGAUUUUGGCAGCCAAACCUCGCACCUCAUCCUCCGACGCCUGCGAGCUCUCAGUGUGUACGCUGAGAUGCUGCCCUGCACCGCCAAGCUCGCCGAUCUAACCUGGAAGCCCAAGGGCAUCGUCUUGUCUGGAGGUCCCUCCUCCGUUUACGAUGAAGGCUCGCCUCACGUUGACCCUGCUGUCUUUGAGCUCGGUGUUCCUAUUUUAGGCAUCUGCUAUGGUUGCCAGGAAAUUGCCUGGCAGAGCAACUCUGAGAACGUUGCUCGUGGAACAGCUCGAGAAUACGGUCAUGCCGAUGUCACCAUUCACAAAGUCGACAGCCAUGCCGACCGUCUCUUCGCUGGUUUGGGUGAGACCAUGCAUGCCUACAUGAGUCACUUUGACAAGCUCGUCCGCCUGCCUGAGGGCUUCGUGGUCGUGGCUAAGACGGCCAACUCUGAGUUUGCUGGCAUUGCCCACCAGACCAAGCCCAUCUUCGGUGUACAAUUCCACCCCGAGCUUGAACAUACUCCCCGUGGAAGUGAGCUCUUGCGCAACUUCAGUGUCGACAUUUGUGGAGCGCAACCCAACUGGAAAAUGAGCGACUUCAUCGAGCAGGAGAUCACUCGAAUUCGAAAGCUUGUUGGUGAUAAAGCCCAAGUCAUCGGUGCCGUUUCUGGUGGCGUGGACAGCACAGUGGCAGCCAAGCUUAUGACGGAAGCAAUCGGUGACCGCUUCCAUGCCGUGCACAUUGACAACGGAUUGAUGCGUCUCAACGAGUCCAAGAAAGUAAAGGAGACGCUGAAAGAGCAUCUCGGGAUUAAUCUCACAGUGAUUGAUGGCACCGAGCUUUUCCUCAACCGCCUCAAGGGCGUCACAGAGCCAGAGAAAAAGCGCAAGAUUAUCGGAGAAACCUUUAUCGACUUGUUCGAAAAAGAAGCAAUCAGGAUCGAGAAGGAAGCCGAGAAUACUCCUAACGCCGGAAAGGUUUCUUGGUUUCUCCAGGGAACGCUGUACCCGGACGUCAUUGAAUCUCUUUCCUUCAAGGGCCCUUCAGCAACGAUAAAAACUCAUCACAACGUUGGAGGUCUACCCAAGGCAACGCAUGAUGGAUGGCGCUUAAGGCUUCUUGAGCCACUUCGCGAGCUAUUCAAGGAUGAAGUCAGAAACCUUGGUCGACGCCUAAAAAUUCACGAAGAUCUGGUUAAUAGGUUUCCCUUCCCAGGGCCCGGCAUUGGCGUACGCAUUCUCGGAGAGUGCACACCUGAACGGAUUGAAAUCGCAAGGCAAGCCGAUCAUAUCUUCAUCUCCAUGAUUAAGGAAGCCGGAAUCUACAAUGAGAUUUCCCAAGCCUACGCUGGGUUAGAUACAAGCAAGGCUGUUGGUGUGAUGGGUGACACUCGUGUCUAUGGAUAUAUCAUCAUCCUUCGUGCGGUUACAACCAGUGACUUUAUGAGUGCCGAGCCUUACGAGUUUCCCUUCGCCUUACUCAAGGCCAUGGCCCGCAGAAUUGUCAAUGAGGUGGAUGGAGUUUCUCGUGUCACCUAUGAUCUUUCUUCAAAACCUCCCGGAACUAUUGAAUUGGAGUAA